UCAUGCCCUUACAUCGAUCAAAUCUGAUUACCAGCUAGUUUUUUGCAAAAUUUCAUCUAGAUACCCACUGAACACAAAUAAUUAUGUCUGAUACAUUAAACCAUGAUAUUUUAUGGAAGUUUAUCGAAGUGGCUUUACAUGCUACUUUGUACUACAGAAGAUUGUAUCCGAAAGAGAUUUUUGUUAAGAAGAUACUGUAUGGCACAAAUGUUAAUUUUUGCAAACAUCCGGAAGUGCUUGAAUACAUUCAUAAUAUUGUCGAGACUCUGAAAGCGCUAUUUUAUGGAAAUAAAGCAAGUUUUAAGUCAUUAAAUUUUGUAUGUUAUGAUGUUAACAACAUUGUCAUUGAAAAAUACAUUUUUUUUCUCAAACAAUCUUGUUUAUGUAGACCAAAAAAAACAGAAGAUUUUUUCAGAAGUUUGUAUUUAAGACUGUCUAUGAUAUUAAAUGGUAUCAGCCCACUUCCAUCUCAGGCAUCUUUCAUUGUCUAUAUAUUGACGAAUCAAAAAGCUUACGCAAUUCUUCAAAAUACAUCUGUGUACUGUGAUUUUCCCUGGUUGUUAUUCAACCAUCAUGAAUUAAUAAAACGUGGCUCAUUAUUACCAAUAGAAUAUAUUAAAGCACAUUAUAUGAUUUUAAAGAUUUAUGCUGUGCAAAACAAAGACACAUUAUUAAAAGUCGUUUACAAAUACUAA